UUUAUCCUUUAAAAUUUUUAUGCUUUUAAACAAGGAAUAGUCUCAGCUAUUUUUAUACAGCUGCAAGCUGGAAACUUACUUCCUCUUUUUUCCUGCUCUUCCUGUCUCAUCUCUCUCUCUGACUAUGAUUUCUUAUGAUUAGGUAGAAAAAAUAAGUAUAAUUAAAGCUAAGUUUGCAGGAGACAAAACAACACACACAACCAGAUUUAUUUUAUUGCAGCCUGGGUCUACAGUUGGAUCUAGAUGUCACCUGUGUGACUAAUUUUAAAGGUAACUUUAUUUAUUGUAACUGUUAACUAAAAUCUCCAGCAUGGGGAAGUGGGAUGAUCUCAGAUUUUCUUGACAAUAUGUUCUGCUUCUUAUGGACACUUGAUGAUGACAUAAAAUGAGGAAGCAAAGGUGGUAGAGAACCUCCCCUUGCCUGCCUCUGUCUGAAUAGUGAAAACAUGUUCUCUUUUCUCUUUUUAAAAGUAUAAUAUGAUAUGAAUUUAUAGAAAUAGAAAAUUUUCAAGCUGCGGGAAAUUAUGAAACUUUUUAACUUAAAGAAUGAAGACGUGAAAUCCUUCUUGCUGUCUACUUUCUAUUAUGAUGUGACUUAUUCUGGAAGAGUCCACGUCUGGUAUAUUUUUAAGAACAAUAAGGAGUUUGCACUCAAGCCUGAUCCUGUUUCCUUCUAGGUCAUCCAAAAAAGUCCACAAUUUUGGCAAGAGAUCCAACUCCAUCAAGCGGAACCUUAAUGCCCCUGUGGUCAAGAGAAACUGGCUUUAUAAACAGGACAGCACAGGCAUGAAGCUGUGGAAAAAGAGGUGGUUUGUGCUGUCUGACAUGUGCCUCUUCUACUACCGUGAUGAAAAGGAGGACAGCAUCCUGGGAAGUAUCCUGCUGCCCAGUUUUCACAUUUCCAUGUUGUCUGUGGACGAUCACAUCAGUAAGAAAUAUGCCUUCAAGGCUACCCAUCCCAACAUGCGGACAUAUUACUUCUGCACAGACACCUCAAAGGAGAUGGAGUCCUGGAUGAAAGUCAUGACAGACGCUGCACUUGUCCACACUGAGCCGGUCAAAAGGCUAGACAAGCUGAACAUGGACCAGCAGACACCUCAGCAAUGGAACAACUUGUUGAACCACACUGCCCUUACACAGCCUGAGAUCCAGAACAACGAACGCAACAGAGAACCUGGACGACAACACUCACUUUCACGGGCUGAUGAAAAACGCUUGAAAGACAUUGAAAAACAGAAUAGCCAGAAGGAGAGAGAGUAUUACACCCUACAGAGAGAUGGAGAAAAGUACUCAUUAAAGAAAGAUGGAGUUAGCUACAUGCUUCAGAAGGACGGAGAUAGAUAUCUCCUUCACAAAGACGGAGAGCGAUACCUGCUGCAAAAGGAUGGGGAGAAAUACUCACUGCAGAAAGAUGUGGAGAAUUAUGCUGUUCAAAAAGUGAAUAAUAAAUAUACAGUGACACCAACAGAGGAUAAAUAUGCUCCUUCCAAAGAUGGUGAAAAGUUUCUACUUACAAAAGAUGGAGAAAAGUAUGCUCUGCAGAAAGUCAGAGACAGACACAUGCUCCAGAAAGACGGGCAAAGUUAUGUUUCUCAGAAGGAAGUAAAGAGACAGUUAUCAUUGAAGGAAACAGAAAGAUACAGCACCAUGAGAGACACAGGAAACAAAUAUGGUGCCAUACAAAUUGUGGAUAAAUAUGGCAAUCUAAAGGAAGUAAGGAAGUACAGCACACUACGAGAGGGGAAUAAAUAUGCUGCUGUUACAGACGCAGAGAAGUAUGCUACAAUUCGUGCUGGGGAAAAGUACUUCUUCCAGAAAGAUUCAAGUUCAGAAAGGUCUUUAAAUAAUAUCAACAGCAUUAAGCUUCAGCCUGCUCAGGCAGCUGCCAUUGCAGCUGCAGUGUCAGUAUCGCGCCAGAACCAGGCAAAUGUCAACGUCCAAAAACUUCUGCAAGCUAACAGGCCUGGAGAACAGCCUGGGGACUGCGGUCAGAUAAAAGCAGAGAACGCUGUGGCCAGGGUUCCUCUGCAGUCCCCACCUCCAGUUCAUGAGCCAGACUUUGGCAUACCCAGUGCCAAUUCCAUGCACUUGGAGCCGAGGGUUCGAGUUCACCGGACAAGAGAACUGGAUGAUGACACACGAAGUGUUAUGUCAUACCAGACAUUGCCCAGGAACAUGCCUAGUCACAGGACACAGAUCGUCCCCUGCUUCCCUGAGGGUUACCGCACACUGCCCCGCAACAGUAUGAUCAGGCCUGAUAGCAUCUGCAGCGUAGCAGGGUCUACCUACGAUCGGGCCCUCCGGCCAGUCUCCUCCACUAUCAGCACCGUGGAAAAGAGGCGAUCAAUGAGAGACGACACCAUGUGGCAGCUGUACGAGUGGCAGCAGAGGCAGGCCUUCUCCAGGCAGAGCUUGGCUCAACCAGCAGCUGUGGGUCAUUACGGCACCCUGCCCAGCACAAAGACGAUGGGAAACAUCUCUGAGCAUGCUGUGGCACGCUCCAUCUCCACCUCUCCGUCUCAUGGCUCCCUGGCGCCCUACAGCAGCUUCUCCCCCCCUCACCAGCAGGCUGCUCCUAACCCAAGCAGCUCACUCUCUGAGGUGUCCUCACCUGUCCUCAGAGGGGAUGGGACUUUGGAUCGCCGGCAAAGGUCUCACCUCAGCAAAUAUGGAUGUCCAUCAGACCGACGGUCUGUGGCCACCUGUGUCCCUCCUGAAACCAUCACACCACAGUCUCUGCAGGGGAAGACGCCUGAGGAGCUGACACUGCUGCUCAUCAAGCUCCGCCGGCAGCAGGCAGAAAUCAACAGCCUGCGGGAACAUACAGUAGCUCAGCUAAUGGCUCUGGGAAUAGAAGGGCCCAACCCCAAGACUGAUGUUCUCUCUCACCAUCUUCAGAGGAACCUUACUUACCUGGACAAGCAGACGAAGGAGAAUGAGCCUCUUAUCUUCAUGAUUCACACUAUGAUUGAGAACUCGGCACCAAGGCCGCAACUCUACCAGAAAAUCGCUCCAGAAGAUUUUAAAGACAGCUCUUUAAACCAGACCAUUGACAAGGCUGAUGUAGAGACCAAGCUGAGCAGACUGUGUGAGAAGGACAAAGUGCUGAGGAUGCAGGACGAAAAGCUGCAGCAGCUGCACAGGGAAAAGCACACUCUGGAGACGGUGCUGGUGUCAGCCAGUCAGGAGCUGGGCGAGCAGAGCAGCUCCAACACAGCAGCCAUGCAGAGCCUGGUCCAGCAAAGAGAUGUUCUGCAGAGCGGCUUGCUCAGCACCUGCAGGGAGUUGUCCAGAGUCACCGCCGAGUUGGAGCGAUCGUUGAAGGAGUAUGAGCAGCUGGAGGCAGACGUUACUCUGGCCAGGACCAAACUGCUGGAGCAGCUGGAGGCCCUGGGCAGCCCACAGACAGAACCUCCAAGUCAGCAGCACAUCCAGAUCCAGAAGGAGCUUUGGAGGAUCCAGGAUGUGAUGGAGGCUCUGUCUAAAACUAAACCUCAGCAGAGAACAGAGUGUGGUUUUCCUGGUUCCACGCCUCUUUCCAGUCAGCAGAAAAAUGAGGCAGUGCCACCCAGCCCACUUAAAGAGGGGAGCAGGGCGCCCACUCGCCCACCCCUCCCUCAAUGCUAUGACUCAGAGUGCAUCCCUCACACACACCCCCACCACCCACAACCCGGCAGCCGACCCCUCCACGCUCACCGCCCUGAAGAGCGCAAGACCAGCUCCAGGAAUGGAGCGCACAGUCAAGCUCCAGACUACCGGCUGUAUAAGAGCGAGCCUGAGCUCACAACUGUGAAGGAAGAAGGAGACGAGGCCAACGGUGAUGAUAAGGACAAGACUGAAAUGUCUACUGAAAGUAAAGACACCCCACCAUCCAAAGUGCCCCCCUACCCUGUGGGCAUUGUUGCUCCCAGGACUAAAUCUCCCAUGAGCCCCCCUGAGUCUUCCACUAUUGCCUCCUACGUCACCCUGAGGAAAACUAAAAAACCUGAAUCUAGAUGUGAUCGUCCAAGGAGUGCAGUGGACCAGAUGGGAUUUGGUGAGCGUGAUUUCAUCAGAACAAGGAUGAGUGUUGAGGAGCAGCUGGAGAGGAUGAGGAGAAACCAGGAGGCAUCAUCACUCCGAGAGAAGAGAAGAGAAACAUUGUCACGCUCAUCUUCUUUCAACAAAGACACCUCCCUCCUCCACUUGCAGCGUCGGACGCAGACAGAAGUGGCCUGUCUGAACUCUGUGGAGCUUGAGACAGCAUUGCUGCAACUAAAGGUUGCUCAUAAGGAACAGACUGAAGCAACAUCAGGGGCUAACAGUGUAGAUGAGCCAUUGAUCUCACCACAGCUGUGUGAGCGCCAGAGGGUGAUCAUUGUGGACCUCGACACAGAUCCAAAGCAUGUGGAGAUCGUAAACUUUCUACCCUUUGAGGAUGAUGAGAGCAAAGGUCAAGAUCUGACCAGCUCUCCUACAAACACCUUCACUGAAAACAGUUUUCAUCCAUCAAGCCCUGAGCCUAAGGAACAGGAACAGGAACAGGAACAGCAGAGCUUACCUCCAAGCCAGGAGGAGCAGCUUGGGAAGAGUCUUGAUUCCUGCAAACAGCUGACUGGAGACAGCAAGACGCAUAACAGCAACAUGUUGUCUGUGCAGACAUUUACCUUGGUUAGCAGCGACACGUGAGCAUGGUCAGCCUCAGUGUCCAAAACAACAUCCCAUAAAGCCCAAAUGUAGCCAACCAGCACAGAGCAUGUUUCCACGGCUUUCUGCGUUCCUGACAGAAUCACUUAGAGACUACAGCUACAUGCCUGCUCAGAGAUCGACUCUCUGAGCCGUGGGGAAGUACAAACCACUUCCCACCACCAGCAACAUCACAGUACACAGCUGGUGGGAAGUCUUUGAAUCCUGGCACAGACAGAGCUUGUCAUUGGCUAAUACCUUUUAGACAUUUUUCAAACUCAGAUGCUCCUUUUAUCCCCUAAACAUGUUUGCAUAAAAAACAUUAUGAACUGGUUAUAGAUUAUGUUUUUACCAAUGGGCAAACCCUGAGUGGAUCAAAAGAAAAAAAAAGUCUUAAUUCAGUGACUCAAUUCAGUAAGUAAAACCUAUACCAAUUAAAUAAUCACAUCUUCUUUUUUUAGACUUUAUUUUUGUUAACUAUAAGUUCCUGAUGACCUGUCCAGGGUAAACCCCGCCUCGCACCCACUGGGGACAAAAUAGAUGAUGGAUGGAUGGAUGGAUGGAUGGAUGGAUGGAUGGAUGGAUGGAUGGAUGGAUGGAUGGAUGGAUGGAUGGAUGGAUGGAUGGAUGGAUGGAUGGAUGGAUGGAUGGAUGGAUGGAUGGAUGGAUGGAUGGAUGGAUGGAUGGAUGGAUGGAUGGAUGGAUGGAUGGAUGGAUGGAUGGAUAAGUUUCGGUUUAGAUCUAAAGAAAACAAUGUUUAAGUUUAGAAUAUAUCACACACAUUACUGUUAUUACUGCAAUCUGGGUUUAAUCAAAAGUGUUUAAUCCCUGUCUCAAGGAUGUUGUUUUCAAAGUUUACUUUUAAUCUGACAAACGUUGUCAGAACGCAAACUCAUCUACUGACUGUAGAUGAUGCCAUCAUUUGGAGUUUCUGUUGAAAACGGAAUCCUUCUUUACUGAUAAGUAAAGAACAGAUCCCUGUCUAACAUUUUUAUGUUAGACAGGAUGUCAGGGCCACUUAUGGUAAAUCUUUGAGCUUUUCUUACUUUUACUGUUUCUGUCUGAUUUCUGACUCUUGAAUCAUUUUCAGACAUGUUUAAAUUGCUUGGUUGAAAUUGAAGAAAUGAUGACAGCUCACUGGUACACUUCAUUAACAACAGAGAAAUAAGGAUUGUUUUGGAUUUAGCUCCAUCCAUUGUCCCAUUAACUCUGAUCAACUUGUUGUUCUGUUCUGGAUUUUACUUAGAGGGAUCAGAGUAAGGGGACUGAUCCCUUAUUCUGCACCUCUAACUUUUUAAAAACAUGCUUUUUACUGUAUUUUGUUUGUUUUUCUUUUUAAAAAUAAUAAUUUCCAAUUACAUCACAGUUAUGCCGACUGAAGUUUGUGGACAAAUGUUAAAGGGUUAUGAGUACUUUUACAUGGCUCUUCCAAAGUGUCAUAAACCAAAUGGCCUACUGGUGAGACUAUGUCUCACUUUACAGUGAACGACAACAUACUGUUUCACAUUUUGUCAUCAUCCAAUCUGGUUAAAAAUAUUCAAUUCACGCCAUUGGAAAGCCAUAGAAUCAGGUCAAACACAAAUCUGCUUUCCUUGACAGAAACGGUUCCCUCAAACCUUUGCAUCACCUACACCUGCUUAUUCUAGAGGAAGCACCAGGUGAGAGAACUGAAAUGGUUUGUGUGGCAAAAAUCCAAAGCUAAUACAAGUUGAGUCCCAGAUGGACUCAUCUGUCUACACUGUCCAAGCCUGGCUUUGGACUUAGCCUAGUCCUCACCUUCCUAUGUUAUUCUGCUCGAUUCAAAUCUCACUUCAAAGCUCAGUCUGGGCUUUCUCUCAUUGACUUUGGGAGAAAGUCAAUGGGGGUAGGGUUUAAAGCUGAUUAAACUUUAGGUUAAAUAACAUAAAGCUACAUAUUUUUUUUAAGUUUAAUCAGUAAUUUAUAUAACAAUAUAUAAAACAAUCAUGAUUUCUUGGUUAAUGUCAAGUUGUCAUAAUAAAGACAUUUUGAAUAAUGUCAGCUUUGUAUUAAAUUUACCAAAUUACACUUUAUGACAACAGUCAUAAAUAUUCAUGACAGGUUUCAUGUUUAUGACGGUGUCAUGACUAUGCACAACCCGUCAAAUAAAGUGUUUCACUUUCUGUUCUGUUUUAGAAUUGUAGUCUUCCUGUAGUUUCAGCAAUGGCAGUGGAGGAUCCACUGCCAAUCCAUGUCGGCAGCUUUGCCCAUUAAUUUUAACAGCCGUUUAUUCAUAUCAGCUCUGUUCACAGUGGAGGAUGUUGUUCACAAGAGCAGGCAAUUUCCAAUAAGCUUCUUAGGAUCAAACUGGCACAUUUUAUACAUCAUGGGCAAAUGUUUGCAAUUGGGUAAAAUUUAAAACCUCAGAGCAAAACCAGGAAAGCAGGCCUUCUGUGUGGAGGAAACUGUGGAAUAAGAAGCAGGUUAUCAGUGCCCCAAUAGAAACUCACAUUUUAGAACGAGAAACAAAAAUGCUAACAUGUUCUGUAUGUCUGUAUUUUCUGUAAUUGUUUCUCAACAAGGCCUCAGGCAAACACUUCUGAUUGUACAGCCCCUGUACAAUCAGAGCUGCUGAAUAAGUGCAAACGUGCUGACACAAUGUGGAGCUUGAUCCUGGGAUCAUUAGAAUUUUGUUGCUAAAGUACAGAGCUAUUAAUCUGAAUAAGAAGUAGAGUGAGAAACCUUGUCACACGUGGCAAUGUUUAUGAGCUGCCUCCACACACAUUGCAGUGUUUAACUUCAACCCCAAGUGACCACUAAAGUGUACUGAUUUUAUUUUGCUGAAGGGUUCAUGUUUUCAUAAAAAUACAAGUUGUCCUUUGACAUAUAUGCAGAUAAAAGUAUUUAAAAGUAUAAAUAUAUACAAACACAGCCAAUUUUCCUUCAAAAUGGUGCCACUUCAUGCUGCUGUUUUUCUCUUCUUUUGUAGAGGACUAACUCUUUUUAAAAUAUUUAUUUGGAUAGGGUGAUUUAAGUCUUGGUUGAAGUCUUGAGCAUGCAUUAGAAUGCUUCAGAUUUUUGUCUGUUUUUGCAGCUUUUGUCUUCUGUUUUUCUCUCACUUAGUUUUCUUAGGUAGCAAACAUGAGUAAAGAGUCUGUGAUUCUGUCCUAAAUGGUGAUACAUAGGAGAAUAGCACACGUAUGAAGCAAUAAGGCAGACUUUGGCGCUUCAGGACGAAUAAAUUUAAGACGUGUAUAAACUGUAAAACUAAUUCUAAUAAGAAGCAUAAUUUAAUCUGAAAAAGAGUGAAUAUUAAAGACAUUGUCAUUAUAAGGGCCAAUAUGCAAAAGGUUCAAACCCCAUCUGUUUUAUAUCAUGUGAAAUAAAUGUUGAUGUUCCUAAA